AUGGCAAAUAACUGUUGGUUACGAAUGGACGCAAUCCUGGGUAUGUUCCUGUUUUGUUUUCACUGGACUAUCGGACAGGGCCAACCCCUGUAUGUGUGUCCUUAUAAGGAAUGUGUCUGUGAUGAAGCUGAAAUUCAGUGCGAUGAUCGAAACCUGACGACAAUUCCUCAGAGAGACAUGAACGCGCUCAUAUAUAUGGGUAUUCUUAAUUUCGACGGAAAUCUGUUGACCUCGAUCCCGGCUGGAAGUCUCCCUGCAAACCUGCUUUCGCUGUCACUGGAUAGGAACCCGCUAGAAAGUAUCGACGAUGCUGCCUUCGACGAGUCCAUCAACACACUGCAUUUCCUGAGAAUUGAGGGCGCUCGCUUUACCCAGAUCCCCGCAGCCUUGUUUCGUUUAAAUCAGCUGAUAGAACUGAGCAUUGAUUACACUCAUAUUCUCGUGUGGGACAACGACGGCAUGAAGAAACUCGGAGCUAAUUUGCGGUCUUUGAGUAUGGACACGGUUGGCUUAACUUCAUGGCCUGUCUGGUUAAAGUUCUUUUCACGCUUAACUGACUUAAGUAUAUUUGGGAGUACUAUAUCUUCGCUGCCCGACGAUGCUCUAGACAUAGUUGCUGACACUUUAACAGGACUGGGGCUCUUAAACAACAGCUUCACAAGCGUCCCUAAGGCUUUAUCAAAGCUAACAGCCCUCACGUCUUUAUCGCUGGCACAAAACAAAAUCACAGAUAUAACUUGGCUUCCAAGCUUGAGCAACCUGACUCAGUUAUCACUGAGUGAUAACAGAAUAUCAAACUCUAGCCAACUGAGUGCCGCCUUGCGUCCCUACGCUGACAUUUUAUCCAACUUUGGGCAUCAACAAAAACUUUCUCGUAUCCAUUCCUGA